AAAAAACUGAAAUGAAAGCACAAGGAGGCGCCCACAGGAAGCUCUGCAGUGACUACAUGAACUAAGAAAGACUUUAGCUGUAUCAAUCUCAUGUAAGAGAAGACCAGCCUUAAACGCCCCGGACCUGGGAAUUGACUGGCAGCAUUACAGGUGAAGAUGAGUAAGUCACAGAUUUCGGACUUCCAUCUGGAGACGGAUGACAGAACAGAGGAAGAAAGAUCAAGGCAGAAGGCACCAAAGAAGGAUGGUUUAGCUUCUGCUUUAGGUAUGGACAAAGAGGAGCCCAAGGCCCCAAUGGACACUGAUUACCAAGAGGACAUGGAGCCCCGAAAGCCUGAAAUUCGAUUCAAUCUCAACUUUGAUAAAGGGAUUCGAGGCGAGCCACCAGAGCAAAAGAGGGAUAGCUCCACUUUUACCAUCGAGAGAUUAUUUGAAGCAGUGGCCAGCAGGGACCCUGGGAAACUGGACGGCCUGUACGAGUACUUGCAUCGGAGCAUGAAGAAACUCUCUGACUCUUUGUAUCAGUCAUAUGGCAAAACCGCUCUGAUGAAGGCUCUCAUGCACUUCAAAGAUGGCAAAAACCAAACCAUAGAUGUGCUGAUCAACAUUUCAGAGAGGAUUGGUGACAUUAAAGAGUUUGUGAAUGCAGCCUACACCAGUAGCUACUAUAAAGGUCAGACUGCUCUUCAUAUAGCCAUUGAGAGAAGGAGUAUUUACUAUGUGAAACUACUGGUCAGCAAAGGUGCAGAUGUUCAUGCUAAAGCAUGUGGAAAGUUCUUUCAGCCACAUGAUGGACCCAACUUCUACUUUGGUGAGCUGCCAUUGUCUCUAGCAGCCUGCACAAACCAGCCUGACAUAGUGGACUACCUCAUGGAGAAUGAGUAUCUACGAGCAGAUGCCACGAUGACUGACUCUCACGGCAACACAGUGCUGCAUGCUCUGAUGUUUGUGGCCGACAACACAAAGGAGAACACAGAGUUUAUUGCAGCCAUUUAUGACCGUAUCCUAAAGAACAAUGCCCGACUGUAUCCUAAGAUAAACCUGGAGGAGAAAGAGAACAAGGACGGUCUAACACCUCUCAAACUGGCUGCCAAGUUGGGCAAAAAUGGGAUUUUUUCUCACAUUCUUCAAAGAGAAUUUCAAGAGAAUCACUUCAAGCACCUAUCCCGUAAAUUCACUGAGUGGGUUUACGGACCUGUCCACAGUUCCCUGUAUGACCUGUCCUCUGUGGACUCAUUCGAGAAAAACUCUGUCUUGGAAAUUAUAAUCUAUGGCAGUGACAUUCCGAACCGUCACGCGAUGCUGGAGACCGAGCUGCUUAGCGACCUGCUGGAGGAUAAGUGGAAGAAGUUUGGAGGGAGAAUGUUUUUUGUCAACUUCCUGAUCUACCUUGUGUACCUGUCCAUCUUUACUGGUGUAGCCUACAACAAAAGAAAGUUUCAAGAUUUAAAUGUUUGGUUUCAUGAGGACAAAAUGUCGAGUUUCCUGUAUGCUUCAGGCAUGCUGUUUACAUUAAUAGCAAACUGCUAUUUCUUCAUCACUGGGAUCUUGGACAUGAAGAGAAAGCGGCCAAAGACACAGAGCCUGAUGAUUGAUGGAUAUUAUGAGAUUCUCUUUUUUGCGCAGGGCCUCCUUUUCCUGAUCUCCACCAUUCUAUAUGUGGCGGACAGGGAUGAAUACCUGGGCUUCCUGGUGAUAUGUAUAGCUCUCAGCUGGGUGAACGUGCUCUACUACUCCAGGGGCGACAGACACAUGGGCGUCUACAGCGUCAUGAUACAGAAGAUGAUCCUCAGUGAUAUUGUGCGCUUUCUUUUUGUUUACCUCGUUUAUCUCUUUGGAUUCUCAGCAGCUGUGGUAACACUGCUGGUAGAGCCAGAGCAGCCAGAGCAGCCAGCGACAGGGAAGGGAGGACUUUUUGGAACCAUUGCACCUAAUUCAGAGUGUGUCAAACCCACCUAUAGAAACUUCUCAUACACCACCAUGGAGCUCUUCAAGUUCACCAUAGGGAUGGGAGAUAUCGACUUUACCAGUGAUUACAAGUACAUGGAGGUCUUCUACAUCCUGCUUAUUGGCUACAUCAUUCUCACCUACAUCCUGCUGCUCAACAUGCUCAUAGCCCUCAUGAACCGCACUGUGGAAAACAUCACGGAGGAGAGCAACAGCAUUUGGAAGCUGCAGAGGGCUGUCACAAUUCUGGACAUGGAGAAAAGGCUCCCCUCCUGUUUGAAAGAGAGUUUUCGCUCUGGGGUGGAGAAGAAGCUUGGCCCCGCUCUUGGAGAUGAUCGCCGAAGGUUUUUCAGGGUUGAGAGUGUGAACUGGAAUAAGUGGAACACUAACUUGGUCAACAUCAGCGAGGAUCCAGGAUGCUCUGAGCGGAUCCACCAGCUUGACGUUCCAACUGGGAGAUAUAACAGAGAGAGGAGCUGGAGGGGCUUUUUCAUGGAAAGCAGGAGGAGGAGGAUGCCGUCAACAUCCACUGAAAUGAGGCCCCUAAAUAUCUGAAGAUGGAUGGGGCUAAACACAUGAAGAUACUAGAGGAAAAUCUGUUUAAGGAUGCAGAAGAGAGAGUUUAGUAGAAGUUUCCCUUCCCAGUUGGACAACAGCUCAAAACAUCUCGCCAGAUGAACCACAAAAUGUUUUAUAUCAAAGCAUAUUCAUUUGUUAGAAUGACCAAUUUAAAUUCCAGACAUAAACCAAUUGAGAAUCUGUGAUGGAAAAAGUGUUUUUUCCAUCCAAUGAAAAAGUGUCAGACUAGAUUUACAUGACGCUGUUGUAGAGCUGGAGAUAUCCUUCAGGAAUAAACUGCUGCACCUUAGGUCCACUAAGCAUCAUUAUAGCAGAUCCUUCCUUCCAGCAACCAUUUAGGCUUCAGCAAAUUGCUUAUAGCAAGCUAAAUAAGCUGCCUACAUCUCUGCUGUUAAUUCCAUGUUUUCUAGUUUCCUUGUAAAUAGUCUAAUGCCGUUUUUUAUGUCUACUUCGUUACUUUUUUUAAUUAUCACAUUCAAAAUUCAAAUUGCAUUGAUUUGAGCAUCUAGUUUUUCAUAAUCAUUCAGUGUUUUUUCUGUUAUAAACUAAAUCUUUUUUUCAAGAGAGUGCUAGUCAAGAAUGGCAGCAGGACAUAAACGAUUAUAUAUGCCCUCACUGUGGAAAA